AUGACAUCACAGUGUGGAAUAACAGGAAAGGCUGCCAAACCCCCGGCUGAGGAGAAGGCUUCAGAAGAACAGCCUGAGAAGCCGGAGACCAAAGCUGAAGAUGAGGAAGCAGAGCCAAUGGAGGGUGAAGAAGAGGCAGAAGGAGAUGACUCUGAAGAGGGCGAGAAUGAAGGAACAGAAGAGAAGGAAAACGAGGAGGAAGAUGUCGACAAUCUGCAACUAGCCUGGGAGAUGCUGGACCUUUCCAAAGUUAUAUUCAAGAGGCAGCAGAACAAGGAAUCCCAACUCAAGGCUGCACAAGCUCAUCUCAAGCUGGGAGAGGUCAGCAUAGAGUCAGAGAACUAUGGCCAGGCAAUAGAAGAUUUCCUUGCAUGUCUGAACAUCCAGAAAGAGCACUUAGAAGAACACGACAGACUCCUUGCUGAGACCCACUACCAGCUCGGCCUGGCUUACCAGUACAGCACCAAGCAUGAUAGUGCCAUAUCCCACUUCACCCAGUCCACUGAGGCCAUAGAGAAGAGAAUGGCUCUGCUCACAGAACAGUUGGAAAAAGCUGCAGGCGAAGCCACCGAGGAACUUAAGAAGGAGAUGGAGGAACUGAAGGGACUUCUUCCAGACAUCAAGGAGAAGAUUGAAGACUCCAAAGAAGCGCAGAAAACUGCCGACGCAACAGAAAAGGCACUUAAAGAGACUUUGAUUGGAGCGUCAUCAGGCUUCUCCCAAGAGAACGGAAGUGCUUCAUCUUCAUCAGCACCAGCUGUAUCUUCAUCUAUAUCUUCAUCAUCUGCUCCAGCAGAGAAGAAUGGGGACAGCACUGUACCGUCCAACUGUGUGUCUGACAUCUCCCAUCUUGUGAGGAAGAAGAGGAAACCAGAGGAAGAUAGUCCCCUGAAAGAGGCCAAGAAACCGAAGGCGGAGCCUGUGGAGAACGGAGCUAAGAAUGGGUCAGGGGAUGCUGUGGUGCCCACGAAUGAGGAAGCAGAAGAGGCAGAGAAGCAGACCCCAAUGGAGACCACAGCAGUGGAGAGUACUGCAUGAUGCAUACACCCUAAAGGGACUUUUUGUAUAUAAAUUGUAUUUUUUCCACUUUUGUUCAAAGCAUCUUUUUGUAAAACAAAAUAAAGGUUAAAUAAAAAGAA